AUGUCCAAGCGAAUCUCCUACAAAGUCGAAGGCACAGUCCAAGGCGUCAACUUCCGCAACUGGACAACGAAAAAGGCCUCCUCCCUCGGCGUAACCGGCUGGGUGAAAAACGCCGACGAUGGCUCCGUCAUUGGCGAAGCGCAGGGCAGCGAGAACGCGCUGGACAAGUUCGUGCAGGCGCUGAAUAUGGGUCCCGGGGCGGCGGAGGUGAAUAAAGUGCAGCAGAAGGAUAUUGAGGUCAAGGAGGGGGAGAAGGGGUUUGAUCAGUAA